AUGGUUGACACGUAUGAGCACUUUGUUGCCUUUGGCACCGACCUCGUCGGUAUUGAGCGCAUCCUGCGUCUCUUCCAGGCCACAUGCUCCAUCCUCAUCUGCUACCCAGCUCUGUUGGCCCUCUUCCUCCCCGGCGCCUCCGAGAUCGUCCAGGCCUCCAAGGCCACAGGACUAGGCGUUCUCCGGGGCCAGCUCAACGUCUCUCGGCGCUUCAUCCGUUUCUUCCGCUUCCUCGACACUUUCCGUGCCGGCUGGAACGUCUAUGUCGCUGCUGGUGACAAGGGCCUCGAUGGGUGGCUCGAAGUCGUGAGCAAGACUUGCUUUGGCAUAUUUGGCAUGAUGGAGACCAUGACCCUUCUGGAUCUCUGCAGGAUUGAGAACCUGCGCAUCUUUUCCAAGGAAAAGUAUGAUGAGAUUGAUUACCAGUCUCAGCUGUUCUGGUUCGCUGGACUUUACACCUCCAUCAUCGUCUCCUUCAUCAGAGUGUUCCGCCUGUUCACUACACGACCUGCCGUUGUGCCUGCCGAGAGCGUCAGCAGAAUCCCCACCGAGAACGCAGACGAGAUCAUCUCUGCUGAAAAGGAGCUCUCCGAAAAGUCUGACGCCACAAAGGAUGAUGAGACCAAGUCCAAGGAUGAUCUCGACAAGGAGCGUGAGCGCCUCAAGAACAUCGUCACUAAGCGCAAGGCUGAGCGACGAGCCUGGCUGCAAAACCUCAGCAGGGAGGGCUUCGUCCUGGCACGCAGCAUCUUCUCUGAUACGCUCGAUAUGCUUCUUCCCACCACUACUGUCGGCUGGGUCAAGGUUGAGCCUGGUGUGGUUAGUCUGGUUAUGUUCCUGACUACCCUCUCGACGGGUAUGGCUGUGUGGGAGAAUGUUGGUCGACGUCUCCAAAAGAAGGCAUAA